AUGACAAUUGUUGGGCUUAGAUGUGACGAGCUGAAAAAUGGCAAUGCUGAUCCUAGUCAAGGCAAUGCCACUUUUGAUGUAAAUCAUGAAGUAAAAGGAAAAGACAACAGCUCCUACAGCAAUAAAGUGGACGUCAAAAGUAGUUGGUAUUAUGGCGGCGGUGGAGGAGGAGGAGGAGGAGGAGGAGGAGGAGGAGGAGGAGGUGGUGGUGGUGGAGGUGGUGGUGGUGGUGGUGGUUAUGGAUGGGGAUGGGGUGGUGGAGGAGGUGGAGGUGGAGGAGGAGGUGGGGGUGGUGGUGGGGGUGGUGGUGGUGGGAAAGGGAUGUUUGAGAAGGAGUAUAUGGUAGGUGAGUUUGCACAAUGCAUGGCAAGGACACGAUGCCGAGGCAUGAGGUUAAAUUGCCCACUUCAUUGUGGUGGACCUUGUUACUAUGACUGUCAUCAUAUGUGCAAGGCUCAUUGUAGCCGACCCUGA